AUGAAGUUCGGUAGACGGAUCAAAGACUCUCGAUACGCCGAAUGGGCAGAUCAAUAUAUCGACUAUGGAGGACUUAAGAAACAGAUAAAAUCUAAUUUACCAUGGAACGACACUGCCGAAGCUGAUUUCAUCCAAUCGCUCAAAAAUGAAUUGGCCAAAUGUGAAAAGUUUCAGAGGGAGAAAUCGGACGAGUUGAUGUUGAAGAUUACAAGCUUGGAAAAAGAAGUCUUGGGUUUGGUUGAAAAAGCUGGUUUACAGGAUUCUGACGAUGAAGAUGAAGAUGAAGGAAGAACACCAGGAGAUGUAGAGAGACAUGUUGAGAGUCAUAGAGAUGAUGAUGCGGGAAGUGAUGAUGAUGAUGACGAUGAUGAUGCUUCAUCGGAUAUAUCGAUAGACGCCAUCGAAGAGAGAUUUAGGGAAUUGGAAGAAGAAGUAGCGGUGCUAGUUGCAGACGUACAUGAUUUGGCUUUGUUUACAAAAUUGAACUUCACUGGGUUUAUCAAGAUAGUGAAGAAACAUGAUAAACUCACUGGAUUUUCACUCAAACCUACAUUCAAUAAAGAAUUCCUGGAGAGACAUCCAUUCUACCGAAUGAAUUAUGAUCCCCUCAUCGUCAAACUUUCUAAGCUCUUCGAUCUCGUCAGGACCAGAGGACAUCCAGUUGAAGGUGACUCGUCAGCUGGAGGAAGUCAAAAUGCUUUCGUGAGAAGUACCACCAAAUACUGGGUCCAUGACGAGAAUAUCGUUCCACUCAAAUUAGCCAUUAUGAAACACCUUCCUGUGCUCGUAUUCGAUCCGAACAAGGAAUUCUCAAAAGCCGAUUCUGCCAUCACUUCCAUCUACUUUGAUAAUGAGGAUCUAGAAUUAUAUCUCGGUCGAUUGGAGAAGACCGAAGGUGCGGAAGCUAUUCGAAUGAGAUGGUAUGGUGAUGUCACCGGGACUACUAUCUUUGUUGAAAGAAAGACCCACAGGGAAGACUGGACAGGAGAGAAAUCAGUCAAAGAACGUUUCACCAUCAAGGAAGACAAGAUGAACGAGUUCUUGGCCGGUCAUUACACCAUGGAUGAUGAGUUUGAUGCUUUGGUCAAGAAGGGCAAAAAGACUGAGAAGGAAGUAGAAGGAAUGAAGCAGCUCGCGAACGAGAUCCAGUAUGCUAUCAUCACCAGAAAACUUAGGCCUGUCAUGCGAACAUUCUACAACCGAACGGCUUUCCAACUUCCCGGAAACGCUACUGUCCGGAUCUCUCUCGAUACUGAAUUGACUAUGGUGCGAGAAGACAACUUCGACGGGAACGACAGAACUCACGGUAAUUGGCGACGGACGGAUUUGGGUAUUGAUCAUCCAUUCAGCACGGUUUCUCCUUCAGAAAAGGAACUUUUUCCAUACGGUGUUCUCGAAGUGAAACUCGCUACAAAAGUUGGCGAGGAACCACCUCAAUGGAUCCGAGAUUUGAUCAACAGUCAUUUGGUCGAAGCUGUACCUAAAUUCUCCAAAUUCAUCCACGGAUGUGCAUCUCUCUUACCUGAACGAGUCGAUUUGGUUCCCUUCUGGUUGCCCCAGAUGGACCAGGAUAUUAGGAAACCCGUCUCAGCCAAAUCGAGAGUAUUGAUCGAACGACCCCAUUCGAACGCGCAUUCAUCUGCAUCUAACGCCACUUCUGCCAUUCAUUCACCAGCCAGAUCCAGUCAACCCUCAUACCAUGAACCUGUAUCUGAAGGUGAAGAAGAUGAAGAAUUCAUGGUGCAAGUUGCCAAAAACGAAGAUGAACAUCUUAGACUACCACCUGGUGCAGCGGCUGAAGCUAGAGCAGCGAGGGAUUUCAGAGAAAAGAAACUACGAGAUGAAGCUCACCUCCAGGCCCGUCCUCCAACCCAAGAGAGGGUUCCUUCGUCAUCUACUAAACCUAACGGUGAUCAGGUCGAAGGACUGCCUCGAAGGAAUAGCUCGAACAAGUACGAUCCAUCGUUGCGUAUCGAUCCGUUAGCUUCAGCCGAUCGAUUCGAUAAGAACGUUUCUCUCCUCGAUGCUAAAUCGCUCAAGAAGCUGAACGAAGCAGUCGCAGCUAGAACAGGUAAAGGCUCUUCGUCUCCUGGACAAGAACAAGGAGGACAAGCGGAUCAACAAGUCGAUUCGGAGGACGAACACGAACAUGAAGUAGAUGAAGAAGAGGACGAAGGUGGGAAUCAGGUGAUAUAUGUGGAUCAAUUCAGAGCUCCACCUGGUAAACGAAUCGCGGUCCCUGUUAGAGUUGAACCAAAGGUGGUAUUUGCAGCUGAAAGGACUUUCUUGAAGUGGGCCCAUUUCGCCAUCCUCUUAUCGGGAGUCUCAAUAACCUUACUGAAUUUUAUCAAUCCUCGAGAUUCAGUAGGGAUGAUUUCGGCUCUGCUAUUCUCCCUCACUGCGUUAUUGGCGAUAAUGUACAGUGGAGGGAUGUACGCUUAUCGAAUCAUUAAAUUGAGAAAGAGGAUGGCAAUUGAUUAUCAUGACAAGUAUGGUCCGACAAUACUCUGCGCGGCGUUGGUGGGCAGUGUUCUAGUUAACCUGGUUUUGAGAUUAAGAGAAUUAUAA